AUGGCGGGCAGCUUGCUGCCGCUUGAAGUGUUUACGAUGCUGGGGCUGGGUGUUCUUAUGAUAAUGGUACGAAUUGCAACGAGGAUAAAAUCGGUAGGCCUCAAAGGCCUUCAGCUUGACGACCACGUCAUGCUCGCUGCCGCGGUCGUCUACGGGCUAGAGACCGGCUCCGCAUACAUCGCCAUGGACUGGUGGGACGACCUGGCAAACAACGGCAUGUCGCCCGAGCAGAGAGAGCGCCUCGACCCCAGCUCGCACGAAUACUACCUCCGCGUGGGCGGCUCCAUGACGCAGCUCGUGAGCUGGAGUCUAUACGUCCUCUUCCUGUGGAUGCUGAAGAUGUCGAUCUGCCUCUUCUACUCCCGCUUGACCGCCGGCCUCCCCGAAUUCGAACUCCGCGUCAAGCUCGGCUACGGCCUCAUCCUCGCGACCUGGCUCGCGACGCAGCUCUGCAUCCUGCUGGGCUGCCAGCCCUCGUUCCGCGGCAACUGGCAGAUCGCGCCCGCGCCGCCCAACCUCUGCCAGCCCGCCAUCUCCAAGCUGAACCUGUACGUCACCGUGGCGCUCAACGUCGCGUCGGACGCGUACCUCAUGUCCAUUCCCGUGCCGAUGCUGUGGCGCGCGCACCGCGUCGCGCCGUGGCGCCGGCUGUGCCUGUUGCUCGUCUUUUGCGCCGGCGUCAUCGUCAUGGCGUGCGGCGUCAUGCGGUGUUAUAUUGUGCUGAAGAACCCCACCGCCGGCGCCCUCAAAGCCGGCACCUGGGCCUGCCGCGAAUCCUUCCUCGCCGUCCUCACCGCCAACGCGCCCGUCGUCUACCCGGCCAUCCGCCUCGGCGUCGCCCGCGUCGCGUCGACCGUCUUCAGCGCCGCGUCCAACAACUCCUCCUCCGGCUUCUUCCCGUGGCGGUCGACGCUGCUGUCGAGGAGGGAGAGGAUGAGGAGGAGCAGGAGCUGUGCGAGGAAGAAUGCUUGUGGUGGGGGUGGUUGUGGCGGCGGUAGUGAUGGCGGUAGUGAUGGGUUGGUGCCGACGACGGUGGAUAGCGCCACGGUGGUGGGUGGGGGCGGCAGCGAGGUCGUGUUGGGGACGUGGUCGAGUUGUGAGGCGACGGGGGGAGCGGGGGGAGGGGGGUGGAAGGCGGUGGGUGGUGGUAGGGGUGUUGGUGGUGGUGGUGGUGGUGGACGUGAGAGGGAUGUGGAGACGGGGAUUGUAUGGGGGAAGAGCUAG